GCGCGGCUUGGGGAAGUGGGUGGGGCUGGAGGUGGUUUCUCUAGCAAGAUGGCGGCGAGCGGCCUCCGCAGUGCUGUAGCUGCGACCAGCACCUCCGUGAAGCCCAUUUUCAGUCGAGACAUGAGCGAGGCCAAGCGGAGGGUACGCGAACUCUACCGCGCCUGGUAUCGGGAGGUACCGAACACUGUGCACUUGUUCCAGCUAGACAUUACUGUGAAACAGGGACGGGAUAAAGUCCGAGAAAUGUUUAUGAAGAAUGCCCAUGUCACAGACCCCAGGGUGGUUGAUCUCCUGGUCAUUAAGGGAAAGAUGGAACUGGAAGAAACAAUUAAAGUAUGGAAGCAGCGGACACAUAUUAUGAGGUUCUUCCAUGAAACAGAGUCACCAAGGCCAAAGGAUUUUCUGUCCAAGUUCUAUAUGGGCCAUGAUCCAUGAGGUGGAAAGGCGCCUGUUGAUGUUUCAUUAUUUUAGAGCACAAAUAAACUAUUACAGUGGUCACUUCA